GCGGGGGCAGCGGCAACCCCGGCGCCGCGGCAAGGACUCGGAGGGCUGAGGCGCGGCGGCGGCACGGGGUGCGCGGGGCGCGGCGGCCGGAGCCCGGGGCCCGCCAUGGGCCGCCCCGAACGGGGCGCGCUCCGGCCGCUGGCGCUGCUGCUGCUGCUGCUGCUGCAGCUCCAGCAUCUUGAGGCGGCAGCGGAUCCACUGCGCGGCGGCCAAGGGUCGGUCAAGGAGUGCGAAGAGGACCAGUUCCGGUGCCGGAACGAGCGCUGCAUCCCCUCUGUGUGGAGAUGCGACGAGGACGACGACUGCUCGGACAACAGCGACGAGGAUGACUGCCCCAAGAAGACCUGUGCAAACAGCGACUUCACCUGUGAUGACGGCCACUGCAUCCGAGAGCGGUGGAAGUGCGAUGGCGAGGAGGAGUGUCCCGACGGCUCCGACGAGUCCGAGGCCACUUGCACCAAGCAGGUGUGUCCCGCAGAGAAGCUGAGCUGUGGACCCACCAGCCACAAGUGUGUGCCUGCUUCCUGGCGCUGUGAUGGGGAGAAGGACUGCGAGAGCGGAGUGGACGAGGCCGGCUGCGCCACCUUGUGCGCCCCGCACGAGUUCCAGUGCAGCAACCGCUCUUGCCUGGCCGCCGUGUUCGUGUGCGACGGCGACGACGACUGUGGCGACGGCAGCGACGAGCGUGGCUGCGCCGACCCGGCCUGCGGGCCCCGCGAAUUCCGCUGCGGCGGCGACGGCGGCGCCUGCAUCCCCGAGCGCUGGGUCUGUGACCGCCAGUUCGACUGCGAGGACCGCUCGGACGAGGCGGCCGAGCUCUGCGGCCGCGCGGGCCCCAGGGCCACGUCCGCGCCCGCCGCCUGCGCCGCUGCCGCCCAGUUCGCCUGCCGCAGCGGCGAGUGCGUGCACCUGGGCUGGCGCUGCGACGGCGACCGCGACUGCAAGGACAAGUCGGACGAGGCCGACUGCCCGCUGGGCACCUGCCGUGGAGACGAGUUCCAGUGUGGGGAUGGGACUUGUGUCCCUGCCAUCAAGCGCUGCAACCAGGAACAGGACUGUCCAGACAGGAGUGAUGAAGCUGGCUGCCUGCAGGAGUCAACAUGUGAGGGUCCCCGCAGAUUUCAGUGUAAGAGUGGCGAGUGCGUGGACGGCGGGAAAGUGUGUGAUGCUCAGAGGGACUGCCGGGACUGGUCAGAUGAGCCUCUGAAAGAGUGUGUUCUGCCAACAUCCCAGAGAAACAGGAGGCGGCCCAGGGGUAAAGAGGAGCAUUCCCUAAGCAUGGCUCAGGCUGGAGGGCUGAACGAGUGUCUGCACAACAAUGGCGGCUGUUCCCACAUCUGCACUGACCUCAAGAUCGGCUUUGAGUGCACGUGCCCAUCAGGCUACCGGCUCCUGGACCAGAAGACCUGUGGUGACAUUGACGAGUGUGAGGACCCAGAUGCCUGCAGCCAGAUCUGUGUCAAUUACAAGGGCUACUUUAAGUGCGAGUGCCACCCUGGCUACGAGAUGGACACCCUGACCAAGAACUGCAAGGCCGUCGCUGGCAGAAGCCCGUCCCUAAUCUUCACCAACCGGCACGAAGUGCGGAGGAUAGACCUGGUGAAGCGGGACUACUCGCGUCUCAUCCCCAUGCUCAAGAACGUCGUGGCGCUGGACGUCGAAGUUGCCACCAAUCGCAUCUACUGGUGUGACCUCUCCUACCGCAAGAUCUACAGCGCCUACAUGGACAAAGCCAGCGACCCGGCAGAGCAGGAGGUCCUCAUUGGCAAGCAGCUGCACUCUCCGGAGGGCCUGGCAGUGGACUGGGUCCACAAGCACAUCUACUGGACCGACUCGGGCAACAAGACCAUCUCGGUGGCCACAGUUGAUGGCGGACGCCGCUGCACUCUCUUCAGCCGUGACCUCAGUGAACCCCGGGCCAUUGCCGUCGACCCCCUGCGAGGGUUCGUGUAUUGGUCUGACUGGGGGUACGAGGCUAAGAUCGAGAAGUCUGGGCUCAACGGUAUGCACCGGCAGACACUGGUGUCAGACGGUAUUGAGUGGCCCAACGGAAUCACCCUGGAUUUGCUGAACCAGCGCUUGUACUGGGUGGACUCCAAGCUGCACCAGCUGUCCAGCAUUGACUUCAGCGGAGGCAACAGGAAGAUGCUGAUUUCCUCCCCUGACUUCCUGAGCCACCCUUUCGGGAUAGCUGUGUUUGAGGACAAGGUGUUCUGGACAGACCUGGAGAAUGAGGCCAUUUUCAGUGCAAAUCGGCUCAAUGGCCUGGAAAUCUCCGUCCUAGCUGAGAACCUCAAUAACCCACAUGACAUUGUCAUCUUCCAUGAGCUGAAGCAGCCAAGAGCUGCAGACGCCUGCGAGCUGAGUGCCCAGCCCAAUGGAGGCUGUGAGUACCUGUGCCUUCCUGCUCCUCAGAUCUCCAGCCACUCCCCCAAGUAUACUUGUGCCUGUCCUGACACAAUGCGACUGGGCCCUGACAUGAAGAGGUGCUACCGAGCACCUCAGUCUACCUCAACUACGACGUUAGCCUCCACCACAACGAGGACAGUAGCCGACACCACCAGAGCCCCUGGGACCACCGUCCACAGCCCCGCCUACCAGAACCACAGCACAGAGACACCGAGCCUGGCAGCAGCGGUCCCAGGCUCAGUUAGUGUCCCCAGGGCUCCCAGCAUCAGCCCGUCUACCCCAAGCCCUGCAACCAGCAACCACUCCCAGCACUAUGGGAAUGAAAGUGGCAAGAUGGGCUCAACAGUCACUGCUGCUGUCAUUGGGAUCAUUGUGCCUAUGGUGGUUAUAGCCCUGCUGUGCAUGAGUGGCUACCUGAUCUGGAGAAACUGGAAGCGGAAGAACACCAAAAGCAUGAAUUUCGACAACCCCGUAUACAGGAAAACGACAGAAGAAGAGGAUGAGGAUGAGCUCCACAUAGGGAGGGCUGCUCAGAUUGGCCAUGUCUAUCCAGCAGCGAUCAGCAGCUUUGAUCACCCACUGUGGGCAGAGCCCUGUCUUGGGGAGACCAGAGAAAUGGAAGACCCAGCCCCUGCCCUCAAGGAGCUUUUUGUCUUGCCGGGGGAACCAAGGUCACAGCUGCACCAACUCCCGAAGAACCCUCUUUCCGAGCUGCCUGUCGUCAAGUGCAAGCGAGUGGCAUUAAGCCUUGAAGAUGAUGGACUGCCCUGAGGAUGGGACCACUCCCUUCGUGCCUCACGGAAUUCAGUCCCAUGCACUACACCCUGGACGGUGUAUGCCUGGAUGGAAGGGUUUCUGUACAUGAGUCUGUGUGUCUGUGUGUGUGUGUGCGUGUGUAAUUUUUUUUAAUUUAUAUUGCGGAAAGGUAACCACAAAGUUAUGAUGAACUGCAAACAUCCAAAGGAUGUGAGAGUUUUUAUAUGUAUAAUGUUUUAUACACUUUUUAACUGGUUGCACUACCCAUGAGGAAUUCAUGGAAUAGCUACUGCUGAGUGACUAACGUGAUGUACAUAACCAAAUGGGGCCGAUGGUACAGUAGCUUACUCAUCAUUUAAAAAUUAUAUUUACAGAGGGUAUUUGGUUUUGGGGGGCUUUUUUAGGUUUCAGAGUUUUUUUUUUUGUAAAUAGAAUGAUUAUGCUUUGUGGCUAUCCAUCAA